AUGGCCCAAAAUGAAGUCAUUUCUGACAAGGAAAGCUUUUCUGACAGUUUACGAGAAAGUGGGAGCAAUUCAGACCAAAAAAUAACAUCGAUGAAGAAAGUCAAUUCGACGUCUGAAGGGGAAUGCUCUACCAGCUUGGAUGAGGGCAGAUAUACAGAAAAUGGAAACAGCUCAAAUAACGACACUGAUGACGAGGAAGAAGAAGAGGAGGAUCCUCCGUUGCUUAAGUAUACGAGAAUUACUAAACUCCCCAAAAACUUUUUUAAGCGGGACUCUAUAUCUGCGUGUUUAUUCCAUGAGAAGCUUUUUGGCUUCGCUACUCACUCAGGCUUACUACAUCUAACUAAGCCUGAUUUUACUGUGAUAAGAACUUUCAAAUGCCAUAGAUCGUCAAUUACCUCAAUACAUUCCGAUGGCGAGUACUUUGCGACUUCCUCAAUUGAUGGAACUGUGGUGGUUGGUUCCAUCUUGAAUCCAUCAGAUAUACUAGCGUGCGAUUUUAAGCGCCCUGUUCACUCAGUUGUGCUGGACCAAAAUUACAAAUCAACAAAAACCUUCGUAUCGGGCGGUAUGGCUGGGGAAGUCAUUUUGUCUCAACGAAAUUGGCUAGGUAAUAGAGUCGACAUCUGCCUAGAGAAGGGAGACGGAGCAAUAGUUGGCAUACAUACUGUGGAUGACAUUAUUUUUUGGAUGAACGAUGCAGGAAUAACAUUUUACAGCAUUCCCUCCAAAAAGAAACUGUUGAAUGUUGCUUUCCCAAUUGAUGAUAUUGCUGCCAGACCCGACUUAUAUUGGCCUUCUGUUCACUUUCCUGAGACUGACAGAAUCGUAAUAGCAUGGGCGCAUCAUGUUUGGACGUUCAAGAUUUCACUAACAAGGCCAAUAUCGCAAUCCAACCCUCUGGGCUCUAUUUUGUCAAGUGCUGCUUCAAGUCUGAGAGCAGUGCCUGAUAAAAAAAUAGAGUUAGAGCAUCAUUUAACGCUCCCUCUACUAGUCGCGGGUGCUGUGUCUUUUAAAGAUGACCAAUUGUUGUGUUUAGAAUUACCGCUAACUAAACAAAAGGAUGAGUUGAUAGACGUCCCUGAACUGAAUGUCUUGGAUCUAUUCACAGGGGAGGAGAUGCACAACGACAAAGUUGUUUCCAAGAAUUAUCAGAACCUGAACGUUAAUGACUAUCACUUGGGCAAAUACAUUGGUAAAAGUGCUACUGAGUAUUAUUUGAUAAGUUCAAACGAUGCUAUUUGUGUACAUGAACUUUCCCUCAAAGACAGAUUUGACUGGUAUGUUGAGAACGAAAAUUAUCUGAAAGCGUGGGAGAUAGGAGCAUAUGCUGUGAGCAUCGCAGCAAAAUUUGAAGUAGGCUUGAAAUAUAUUCAAGAAGAACUAGGCAAAAAGGACUGGGCUUCUGCUGCCUCAAGUAUUCACAAAAUUUUUACCGGCACAGAUGUAUCUGAAAGUGAUACCUCUUUUGUAGAACGCUUCUACGAAAAAUGGGAGGAGAUGAUCAUGUUCCUUGUUGAUAAAGAAAAAGUGAAAGAAAUUGCACCCUUCAUACCUCAAAAUCCGCAAUUCAGUCAUCAUCUUUACGAUGCUGUGUUAUUGUACUAUUUCAACAAUGGAAACCUUGAAGAAUUUUCCUAUUAUUUGCAUCUAUGGUCAACAGAUCUAUUUGACACCGAAAAGUUUGAAUCACUUAUGGAAGAGAAAGCUGAAUCGGAAGAAAGCACAUCUUGCAUCAGGGAGGAGUUGGUCUAUCUACUACUUGAGGACCAUAAAUACUUACAGGUUAUUCCGCAUUUACUGAAGUUGAAGGAUGUAAGGGCACUGGAUGUUCUUCUAUCUCAAAACAUAAUUUCGACUUUCCUUGAUGACAUAGUGGAAAUUGUUCUGUUACCAUAUCAUGGCUCUCUAAAAGACCUACCGAAGCUCAGUAUGCCAAAAUUGGAUUUGAUUUUUUCUAAACCACUUGAGCUUCUUGUCCAAAGUCGACAUUCAAUAUCCAUGGAUUUUCUUAUCUCUAAAUUUUCAAAACCCGAAGAAUUAAAAGUCCUGCUCUUUCUAUACAUGAAAAAGGUAUCUCAAAAAGAACCACUUUUGAUGGCGUCAUAUGGAGAUUAUAUGGUAGAACUCUAUUUUGAGUUUGACCAUACGGGGUUGCUUUAUUUUUUAAAAUCCAAUACUAACUAUGAUUUAGAUAAAGCUAUCAAAAUAUGCGAAUCUGAUGAUAAGUGUUACAAUGAACUAAUAUAUCUCUGGGGCAGAAUGGGAGAGAGCAAAAAGGCUCUGUCUUUGAUUAUAGACAGGCUGGAUAAUCCCCAGUUAGCCAUAGCAUUUGUAAAAGAAUCUAGUGACGUGGAACUAUGGGAAUUCUUAGUGGAUUACAGUAUGAACAGGCCAAAAUUCAUAAAGGAACUCUUGAACACGUAUGAUGAUUUCCGUGAGUCGUAUGCAGAAAUAAUAAAAAAGUUACCUGAAAGUGUGGAGGUUGAUGGCUUGCAAUCUACGUUGAAUAACGUUUGCAGAGAAAACUUCCUUAGCUUGAAUGUCAACUCGGGAGUUUUUAAGAUAGUUGAUGACGAGACAAAAGAAUAUGCAAUGGAGUUUUUGCAAUUGAGAGAGUUGGGAAAAGUAUUUGACGUUGAAAAGUUGGAGAACUAG